GCCCGCUUGAGGCCGCCCGCGCCCGGCCCCGCCGCCGCCGCCGCCGCCGCCGCCAUGGGCUGUCUCGGAAACAGCAAGACCGAGGACCAGCGCAACGAGGAGAAGGCGCAGCGCGAGGCCAACAAGAAGAUCGAGAAGCAGCUGCAGAAGGACAAGCAGGUCUACCGGGCCACGCACCGUCUGCUGCUGCUGGGUAAGGGCGGGGCGGGGGGCGCCGGCCCCGGCCCAGCCCGGGGGGGCCCCUCGGNCCUAGACAGUAUUGAAACCAGCCUGCUAGAAGCAGUGUGA